UUGUGCGUCGUGAAGCAAAGUGGAGUUAACUAGUGGACGGCUCAUCAGAAAAAUUUAGCUAAACUGUUAAUUAUGACUACAACCAUGGCAACAAAUUCAUGGUCGCUAGCUGUGGACGAUCAAGAGACAGCCAAGUGUAUUGGAAAGUUGCGGAUUAUGGAAUCCGGUGGUGCCUCCAUCCAGUGUAAAGCAGGAACAAAACCUUUAGAUGAUGGUGACAAAUCUGAUGAAGAUGAUAAAGAGGACAGAGCUACACAGUCACUCCUAAAUAAGUUGAUCAGAACCAAUUUGGUCAACAAUACAAACCAGGUAGAGGUUCUUCAGCGAGACCCCAAUUCCCCACUUUACUCAGUCAAGACCUUUGAGGAACUCAGACUGAAACCUCAACUGCUUAAAGGUGUAUAUGAAAUGGGCUUCAACAGACCUUCCAAAAUCCAGGAGAACGCACUUCCCAUGAUGCUCGCCCAACCACCCCAGAAUCUGAUCGCUCAAUCUCAGUCUGGCACGGGUAAAACGGCCGCAUUCGUGCUGGCCAUGCUCAGUCAUGUGGACCCAGCCUUAAAAUCGACUCAGUGUCUGUGCAUUUCUCCCACAUACGAGCUUGCCGUUCAGACGGGCAAAGUGAUUGAGCAGAUGGGAAAGUUUUACCCAGAAGUCAAACUGGCUUACGCUGUGCGAGGACAUGGAAUGCCCCGUGGGAUUAAAAUCAAGGAGCAGAUUGUCAUUGGGACGCCCGGAACGGUUCUAGACUGGUGCGUUAAACUGAAGCUCAUCGACCCGAAAACUAUCAAAGUGUUUGUUCUGGACGAAGCAGAUGUCAUGAUCGCCACACAGGGCCACCAGGACCAAAGCAUCCGCAUUCAGAGAAUGUUACCUAAAGGCUGUCAGAUGUUACUUUUCUCCGCUACGUUUGAGGACUCCGUGUGGAAGUUUGCAGAGCGGGUCAUUCCGGAUCCCAACAUCAUCAAGCUGAGACGAGAAGAGGAGACUCUGGACACUAUCAAGCAGUACUAUGUGCUCUGCAACAGCAAGGAGGACAAAUUUAAUGCGCUGUGUAACGUUUAUGGAGCCAUCACUAUUGCACAAGCCAUGAUCUUCUGUCAUACUCGGAGAACCGCAAACUGGCUCGCGGGGCAGAUGUCAAAGGAGGGCCAUCAAGUGGGCCUCCUUAAUGGAGAAAUGACCGUCGAGCAAAGAGCCGCAGUUAUCGAACGAUUCAGAGAUGGCAAGGAAAAGGUUCUCAUCACUACUAAUGUCUGUGCCAGAGGUAUUGAUGUCGAACAAGUCUCUGUGGUCAUCAACUUUGACCCGCCUCUGGACAGAGAUGGCUAUCCAGACAAUGAGACGUACCUCCACCGAAUCGGUAGAACAGGGCGAUUCGGCAAGAGAGGUCUCGCCAUCAACAUGGUGGACAGCCAGCGCAACAUGGACAUUCUCAAGAAAAUUGAGAAGCACUUUAAUAAGAAAAUAUUGAGGAUGGACGCGGAUGAUCUUGAUGAAAUUGAAAAAAUCACCAACUGAAGAAGCAUAGAGUCCAAAAUCCACUCCACUUUUCAUCAUUGAAAUCAGUUCUUCUGUUUACUCAGUUUCCAAUAUGUUUGCAUAGAUUUCAAACUUAAAUUUACAAGAAUAGCGCCACCUCAUCGAGGUUUAUGCCAAAUAGUUUUGAACUUAAAUUUGCUGUUUAAAAAAGUUUGACAGGGUGUCUAUGUUUUGGUUAAAAGUAAAGGACUGGUGCAGUACUUCUUCUUACAUUUGUUUUUGGGUCAUAUGGAGACAACUCAAUGACGACAUUUUGUUUAUAAGCUACUUGAUUUUGAGGCGUAUUUGUUACACUGUAAAAUAAUCUGCCUUUUGGUCUUGCACUUUAGAAUUAAAGACAAUUAUUGUGAGAAACCCAAUAAGUAUACAGUGCCUUUGUGCUUGAAGUUAAUAAAAGCUUUAGAGUUGUUUUGUACAAUAUUACACAAAACUACUCUUUAAUUGGGAGUUUUAUCAAGGAAAGAGCAAGAUUUGCAGGUUGAGUUUGAUUAAUAUUAUUUUUUAUUUUAUUUUUGCCUUGCUUAAAGCAGUGCACUUUUGUUGACCAGAUUGUUUAUAUUUAAUAUUGAUGUGAGUGUUUUAGUUUAUUGGUUGAGAAUUUAAGACUUGAUCUGUUCUUUAAAAGCAUUUAGCUGCAGCAUUUCAAUUGUUUUGUACAUUUGCUGCAUUUAUGCUUUUAAUGGUAUUUUCCUAACUAUUCUUAUAAUUAAAAAAUAU